GGGCUGGCGGCUGCCCGAAAUGAAAACGAGGAAGAAGAAUUGUACUCAACACCAUAGUAGCUUAACCUCUGCAGCUAGCACGCAGCUGAAGUCGUCGAGCCACUAAACAACUGUUUUUAAGGUCACAACGUUCGGGACUGGAUAAAAAACUGAUCAAGUCGGGGCUAAAGGCCCUGAAGCCUGGCGAAGCCCGCCGGUUUGAAAGCUCGUAGAUAGCGGACGUCAGCUGAAGCAAAGCAACAGGCUGCUAGCUAACUAGCAGCUGAAAGCGUUAGCCAGCUAAUCCAGCAGCUCAGGUGGAGAGAGCCGAGCGCAGGGCAGCAUGGACUCCUGGGUUCGGUUUAACGCCCAGAGCCAAGCCAAGGAGAGAGUUUUCAGGGCUGCUCAGUAUGCCUGCACUCUGCUGGGCUACACCCUUCACAAGGGCGGGGCGGGAGCUGAACUCUUAAAAAUCAUCAGUCAGCUGGAAGCGCACAUGAGCCUAACAAGAAAGAUGAUGCGUCUGGGGAACUCAGCGGAGGCACUGGAGGCAGCCAAGCGGGCGAUCCACCUCUCUGACAGUGUGCUGCGGCUCUGCCUGACCGUUGCCCAUCUCAACAGGGCCAUGUACUUUGCCUGUGACAAUGUCCUAUGGGCUGGAAAAACAGGCCUCCUCCCUCAGCUGGACCAGCACAAAUGGAGCCAGAGAUCUUUCAGGUACUAUUUAUUUGCUCUGAUCCUCAACCUGACCCGUGAUGCCUACGAGCUGCGUGUCCUCAUGGAGCGUGAGGCCCGCUGCCUCGCCGCCAAAGCCCCUCCCUCACCUUCUCCCAUCACUUUACCCAACGAUGAUCUGUCCUCCUCCUCCUCACCUGCCUCUCCUGGCGCCCUCAUCCUGCCUAUCUUGUCGGCCCGGCUACGCAGGCAGCUCCACCUGGUGGUGACCGUGCUGUACAGCAACCCACCACUGCUGCUGGACUUGCUGAAGAACAGUUGUGAUAUCUUCAUUCCCCUGGACCGGCUGGGUAUCUACCCUGUGGGGCCAGGAUUUGUCGGGGCCUGCGGCCUGGUGUCAUCCAUCCUCUCCAUCCUCACCAUUGUCCACCCAUGGCUUAAACUCAAGCCAUGACCGUGAACUGUACCUCCAGGUCUCCAUACGAGGAGUUGUUUAGAUCAAAGGGCACACCAGAGUUCUCAUAUGAUUGACUUGCGAUGGUUCAAUUCUUUUUUGAAAUUUCACAGCUUUGAAGCAUCAGUACAACAGUUUCAACAGGUUCAUGUGAUUAAGUUUUCAUAUCAGUGGAAUAAGCCUGUUUACAGUUAGUGCUGCUUAAACAGAGGCAAAGUCUGAAAUCCAUAUAAUAUUCUCAAAACUGCUAAUAGCUGGGACCUGGCAACUAACCUCCACUGAACUUAUUAAAACAGUUAUUCAGAUUCAGAUUCUGAUUCCUUUAUUGUUGUCAUUCAGUCAGUACACUACAAUGUACCCAGAACGAAAUUACAAGCACAGGCAAAGACACGAUCCAAAAACAACGGUUUACAAAACUACAGUUAUUCUUCAAACUAGCAAGUUUAAGGCUGAAUUCCCCAUGUACAUUUUGCAUGUCUGAUUCUGUAUGGAUUACAUGCACCUGCACCUCCAAAAAAAUGGAAAUAGAGUGUUUUGUUCUAAGUUAAAGCCAUAAUGUGUGAAUGCAGAUGACAUGGACAGGGUUCCAGCAGUUAUGCAUGUGAAAAGUUAGUUUUUUAAUCGAGAGAGCAAGAUAUGAAUUGAAUAUUUCAGGUAGACAGACCUUCUGAAGUGUGUUUAUAAUAAACUUGUAUUGAGUUUCUAAAUACUGAUUAACUGAGAUACACUAUAAAUUUAUACAGAAAUGAUCAAGUCAGUGGGAUAUAUUAUAUGUAGAGCCUACACAUAUUUUCAAAGCUAAUAACUGAACUGUCCUGGUCACAUAACUCCUCUAGCCUGCCUCAUUAACAAAAGCAGUCCUGUUUUGUGUGAUGAGUAUGUGGAACAUCAUCACCCAUCAUCUUCAGUUAAUUUUAUCUUUUGUAACAAUGAUGCAGAAUCACAAACUGGAAAACAUGUUACAGAACAUAAUCAUUUUACAGCUUCUCAACACAUGGCAUGGUUAGGAUGACAUCCUGUGUCAGUGGUAUUGUAUGAUUUCUUACCUGUUUAGGAAAUGAUUUUAACCAUUGUGGUGUUGAUUCUUUAUUCUUUAAAGAAAUUUGCUUUGUAUGGUCAUAGGUGGCGUAAUGCGCUACAGAAGUACAAUACAACAGUAAAAACCAUUGUCACAAGACAGGAAUACACAGACCAUAACAUAUCAAGUUGUUAUUAAUAAAGUGUGGGAGUCAUUUUAGUUCUUGUUCAUUUUUUGUUUGCAAUUAAAAUCUCUGAGCACUU